GUUUUACGGAAGUGGCUGAAUGAUUUUAAUUUCUUUGCACAAUUAAUAAAAAAAUCAUUUCAACACUCAUCUGUCAAAUCGAAAUGUCAAUUGUCAAUUUAUUUUUAGGUUAUAGUUGUUUGUUUGUGCUAAAUGUAUUUAUUUUAUUAUCAUUAAAAUUAAAAUCCUUUAUGAAAACAGAAUUAUAGUUUUCUACACAGGAUAACAGUUUAUUUUUAACAAAAUGAUUGACGAAGAAGCGCCAUCGGAUAGCAGUCUCGUGGUGAUUAUUGUAGACACAAACCCUAACCAGCGCUACAUAACGGAAGACCCUAAAGUACUCACCAACGUCCUCGAUGCAGUAAUCGCUUUCGGAAACUCACACUUGAUGCAAAAAGCGCGGAACCAACUCGCAGUUAUUGGCUGUCAUUUCCACAAAAGUGAAUAUUUAUACCCAAGCCCAGGCAAGCCAUUAGAUGUAAGACAAAUAGAUGGACAAUAUGAACUCUUUACCUUGGUUGAAAAACAAUUAAGAUGAGGUAAAUUAGUAAACUUAGUAAAAAGCCAGCCACAAGACGAAAAACCUGGGGAAUCUUUGUUAGCGGGUGCCAUGGCAAUGGCUUUAUGCUUUAUUGCAAGAAUGCGUCGGCAAGUUCCACCAGGGAUGACAAUGACCAGCAGAAUACUAGUGAUAACUGGAAGCUCGGACACCGCGGCUCAGUACAUCAACUAUAUGAAUGUGUUCUUUACAGCACAAAAACAACAGGUCCUUGUAGAUGUGUGCUCAGUGGAUAAACACUUGAGUCUUCUCCAACAAGGUUGCGAUAUCACGGGCGGUCUGUACUUGAAAGUCCCCAGCCUUGAGGGUCUCUUACAGUACUUACUGUGGGUGUUCUUGCCGGAGUCGAGUGAGCGUGGCAAGUUGGUGCUGCCGGGACGCGGCCGCGUGGACUACCGCGCCGCAUGCUUCUGUCAUAGAGAGCUGCUUACCAUCGGAUACGUCUGCUCAGUCUGCCUUAGUGUUUUCUGCAAAUUCAGCCCGAUUUGUACAACUUGCCAUACCGUGUUCAAAAUUGGCGGACCCCUUCCUACCAAGCCGAAGAAAAAGAAAAUGAAAAUUUAAUUUUAUGGACCUUAGUUAAUAAUUUUGAAUUGUAAAUAUAGAUGCUAAGAUUUU